AUGCUGUUUCUUUCCUUCAUAUCAGGCACCCCAAUAAAUCACCUAGGCCAUCGCCGUCAGUAUGUGAGUUAUUACCCGGCCGGUUGUGAUGGUUAUCACAUUCCUUGUUACCCACGACCGGAAUCUGAUUGUGAAAUGCGGCGCAGGAUAAACCAGCCUGACUGGACUAAACCGGUUUGUAACCUGGACGGUAGUUACAGGGAGUAUCAAUGUGAGGCUUAUUCUCGCUCUAAGUGUUGGUGUGUCUAUGACAAUGGAAUGAUGAUACCAGGUAAACGCAUAGAAUAUCGUAUUCUUCAGUUGAUUUUUCAUAAGUUUGUGCGCUGUAAAGAUUGUGUUAAACGCACCCAUCAAUUGACCCAUCGUUGUUGCAGUCUUCUAAAUUGCAGCCAAAAUAACGGCACCAACCUCCCCUUCCCCAUCUAUAUAAGUUUCUAGGGUUUCCACGACCGGUCACUGUUGUCCUUUCACAUUUCAGAAAGUAAUCUCAUAACCAUAUCCUACCGUGUAACUGUAACUGCUUGGCCAUGAAGGGUCUGGGUACGAAACUAGGAUGAAAUACUCCCAAGGUGAAGCUGGUGUUGACCAAGAGCCCUGUCUGCUAAUUAAACCUUUAACUCUCAAAAUUGAUUAACUUGUAACUUCUUCCAAUAGAAUUCAUACAUUACCCAACAAACAGGUAAUGAGAAUACUAAAACUCGUCAGGCAGAAGUUGUUAUCUUGAUCUAACACCAAAUCCUUGUAACUCAUUUAAAGGGAAAUGUGCAGAAGCUAGAGGGGAAAGUUGAAAACCAGAUCGUGGGCGUUAAAGGAUUAACCCAGAUCAGGAUUCACCUGCAGUAAUUACAAAAACGUCUAUAUACACUUUGAUAUCUAUUUAGAUCUCCCCAUACAAUUUUCAUUCAGGAACUGAGAAAGAUCUUCACGACGCCAAUGUGGAAUACCGCAAUCUGAACUGCGCAGAAGCUAAGAGUAACGCACCGCCUGCUCCUCACCCUCCCCCUGUCAGUUCACCAUUCACAGACACAAGAAUUGGUUGGCAUCUCGCUUACAGAGAUGCUUAUUUUAGGUGCCCAAGCCCCUGUUAUUCUCCCUGUCCGUGUCAGCCUGGGCAACAGUACUACAAUCCCUAUUAUCCAGCCCAUGUCGUUAAUUCUGCGCCAGUCCGCGCGCCGGUUCCUGCUCCAGCUCCAUUGCCAGCCCCUGCACGUGCGCCCAUCUAUUAUCCAUACGAUCCCUACGCAACCACAUAUACGGUUAGUAAAACCUCAUGAUAAGCUAACCGAAAAAAAACUAAAAUGAGACAGUCUUUGAGCUCUUAAGACGCUCUAAGGGGCAACCGUUGGAGAGGCCUGUUAAAAAAGAAUUUCCAAAGGUAUGGCAGCUUUCCAGCAUACCACAAUAGAAUGCCUUCGUUUUCCUUGGCAAUACAUGCUUGCAAACUCAUACAAAAAGAGGUGGUAAUACAGUUUUUUGUUAUUUAUUGAUGUUCAGUAUCCAAACGGAUUUCAUUAUUCAAAAAAUGUUAAACUAUGCGAAUACUAAAUAGUUUUUAUGUAUCAUUCUAAAGAUUUUUGUAUAAAAAUCCUUUUAGAUUUGAAAAAAUGUCCACAGUCGAAAAACUUGAAAAGAAACGUUUCCAAGCGUCUGUGCAAUUUCAUGAAGCAACACGAUUGGUGUUGGUUUCGCUUUUUGAUUGGUCGAGAGGGUGGCGCAAAUGUUCUGCACUUAUCACAUCCCUUAGUGUUACAAAACUAAGCAAUCCUGAAUAACUUUCGACACUAAAUUUGGAAUUUUUUUUAACUAAAUAUAUUCGUUUCCAGGCUCCUUAUCAAGGCAGCUGUCCGGAUCCCUGCCCCGAACCAUGCCCGUGUCAAAGAAGUGGGAAAACCCCGCCAUCUGAGGAAGAGAACACGAGCAGUGCCACGGGGUCUGGAGAUGAGAAAGACGUGACGUCAGAGGGGAACGAGGAUGUUCAAGAUUAA